AUGUAUUACAACAGCACACUUAACCCUGUCAAGUACAGUGCUGCUUACAGAUUGAGACACGACGGCCCAACAAAUGCAAGCGGUCGCGACCCUAGUGCUGGAGGGCUCAGCGAGGGAGCACGAGGGGCAAGUGCUGACGUCCUUUCCCCCGCUGCACCCCCAGCACACCCUCCACCAGCAGCAGCACCACCACUCCACUGCCAACACCACCACCUUCCCCCACCCCCAUCACCACCACCAGAUGGGCACGCGGGGGAGGGGCCUACGUACCCGUGCCCCUUUUGCGGGAAGACCUUUGACCGGCCCUCGCAUCGAGACCGCCACGUUCGCACCCACACAGGCGAGAAACCGUUCCGGUGUCCCGUGUGCACUCACUCCCUCCAGCCUGAAGGAGAACCUCAAAGCACACAUCCUGCUGAAGGCGGCGUGGAGUGGCUGGAGUGCUCCAGCAGGGACUACAUGUGUGGCUACUGCGGCAAGAAUUUCGUGGCGCCCGCCUUCCUGCGCCGCCACAUCCGCGCCCACACCGGGGAGAAGCCCUUCAAAUGUCCCCACUGCGACUUCCGCGCCACACAGAAGGGCAACCUCAAUAGCCACAUUAUUAACAGACACAACUUCCCGGCGGUGUUGGGAGGCGGUGAAGGCGAUGGCGGAGGGCUGGAGGAGAUGCUCCUGCUGGCCCUCCCCUCAGGGCUGCCGGGGCCCCCGGGGGUGCCGCCCCCCGCCACCUUCCAUUCAUCGAGCGGCUUCCCGCAGGCGGCGCUGCCCUCCUCCGGGGGUGCCGGCGCCUCUAAGCGGUGUCACUGGUGCCAUAUUUGUAAGCGGGAGUUCCCGUUCCCUUCCAAGCUGACCGAGCACAUGAGAACACACACAGGGGAGAAGCCCUUCGCCUGUCCCUUCUGUCCCUUCCGAACCUCCCUCAAGUGGAACCUAAAGUCGCACAUGUCACGCCACCAGGAGGCUGCCGCUGCGGCGCGCCCCCCUCCUCCUCCCCCACCACCCCCGCCGCCAUCCUGAGCUCCACGCACCCCCCUCGUCACCUCGCUGCCUGCCCCUCAGGAGGCGUCAUGCAGAAGACUCCGCCUUGGCCACGCACCCAACCGGAUCUAGACCUCUGAAAUCACGACCUAGGACAGUAGGCGACUGACUGUUGGUCCUCUACCUGUUGUCAGUCCCGAGGGACUGGGAGGGGGGAGGGAAGUGGGCCGGGAAGUGGGCCGGGCACCUAUCUUGUGAUCUCUUGAGUAUUAAUUAGUGUAUAUGUAUGAACAAAUUAUGCCAUAUUAACCGAAUAAAUAUUUUCACUAUA